GAAGCAUACCAACCUCAGCACUACAUUCCCGCUUUCCCAGGAUACACUUCCAAAUCAGGCACCUUGAUUUUACUUCGUGUUUGCGUGUAUUAACCAUGCGAUGUCUAGCAAUGAGAACAUGGUUGGCGAUGAUGAUUGUACUAUUUGCGACAAGCCUCCCCAGCAUCGCCUCGGACAGUCUCACAGUGGGCACCUGUAGAGGGAGAAUGGGUAAUCGUGAGAUCUACAAGAAAGUUGAUCGUGUUUGUGAAGACUGCGCUAAUAUCUUCCGAUUGCCAGGAUUGGAAGGUUUGUGUAGAGAUCGGUGCUUCUACAACGAAUGGUUUCUGCUUUGUCUGAAGGCUGCCAACAGGGAGGACGAGAUCGAAAAUUUUAGAGUGUGGAUAAGUAUUCUGAACGCCUGAAAAUGAUUUUGAGAACAGAAGGCUUUCUGUUAGGUUAAUGGUACCCACAAGUGACAUUCCAGUCUGAGCCUACAAGGUCUAGCGGUCACGCAGAGCAUGUACAGGAAAGAUUACAUGUGAAAUAUUGUUUGAUCUGCAGUCUAUCAUGACCUAGAUCCCUGUUUAUUUUGCAGAUCAUAUAUUGCACUGAUCUGAAUUUGGAAAAAAAAA